GCGAGCUGUACGUAACCUCCUUCCUUUGUGCCAGGACAGGAAGCAGAGGAACCCUCAGGAUGAACGACAUCUACAAAGCAGCGGUUGAGCAGCUGACGGAUGAACAGAAAAAUGAGUUCAAGGCUGCCUUUGACAUCUUCGUCCAAGACGCAGAGGACGGCUGCAUCAGCACCAAGGAGCUGGGGAAGGUGAUGAGGAUGCUCGGUCAGAACCCCACGCCGGAGGAGCUGCAAGAGAUGAUCGAUGAAGUGGAUGAAGACGGGAGCGGCACGGUGGACUUUGAUGAGUUCUUGGUGAUGAUGGUGCGAUGCAUGAAGGACGACAGCAAAGGAAAGACAGAGGAAGAGCUAGCCGAGCUGUUUCGGAUGUUUGACAAGAACGCAGACGGUUACAUCGACCUGGAGGAGCUGAAAAUGAUGCUGGAAUCGACUGGAGAGGCCAUCACAGAGGAUGACAUCGAGGAGCUGAUGAAGGACGGGGACAAGAACAACGAUGGCAAAAUCGACUAUGAUGAAUUUUUGGAGUUCAUGAAAGGAGUGGAGUAGUCCUUAACAAAACUUUAUUUUUGUCCCGCACUGUGACUCCACCAUCAUCUGUGAAAAACUGGAAGUUGAUCAGGACGCAGCUGAUGGGGGGAGAAAAAACAACUUUGCAAGAUUUAUUUAAAUACAGUGCCUGAUUGUUUCUGUAUUUUUCAGAUCCUGCAUUGUUGUUACGCUUUGUGACCUUUAGUCCCCGCACAUAACGAAUGUGCUUAAAUUUGUCUAAACGACAGAAGAACAACAAGAAUACCACUGUGUCAGUUUUAGAGAAACAUCAUCUCAAAAGUCCCACAGCCGGUUUAUAGAUGUCUGUGAGAGGCUGCUCGUGUUUACCUGAGAGGAGAAAUGUAAACAACGUGGAAUAAACCCUAGAGGCAAAACAGUUUCAUGGCAGAUAAAUCAUGUUUUCCAUGCGCAGCACU